AAACUGAAAUGGAAGAAGAACCCUUGAAUGCGACAAUUAUACCUGAAACAGAUAGCCAAGGUUUUGAGAAAGAGGAUUUAACUGAACAGCUGCUCCUACUUCAGAAGAAUUGUGGGUCACUCAACAGUGAAAAGGAGGCACUGCAUCAAGAACUGGCAGCUCUUAAAGCUGAGAGAGAGCAGUUGAAGUGUGAUCUUCAAGAUAAUAUUGAAAUGUGUAUAGAAAACCAGACAGAACUGAGAAGUCUACAUGACCAGCUAAAAUUGAAUCAAAAUGUGGAGAUAAAAUUGAAGAAGAGUCUGACUGAAAUGGAGUACUUGUUAAGUGAAGAGAAGGAAAAGGUACAAGCACUAACUAAAGAACUCCAAAUGUUAGCCUUAAAAUCAAA